AAUUAACUACUCAGCAUCCGAGUGGUGGUAGCAUUCAUUCAUACACUCUAAUCCAAAGUUCCAAGCUUGCAGUAAUUAAGCUGCACUUAUUAAGCACUGGUUCGUUUGAUCAUGGCUACCACUUCUGCUGCUGCUGCUGUUAGUGCCGGCACUGCAGCCAUGCAAGAAACCAAGGCGAUGCCCAGCGGCUCGCCGCCCAGUGGGAGCGCGUCGCCGGCGAGGUACCGGCCGUCGUGGCUGGUCAUAUUCAGCGCCUGCCUCGUCCUCCUCGGCGCCGGCGGGCCGCUCCUCCUCCGGGUUUACUUCGUGCACGGCGGGAGCCGCCUCUGGCUGUCCGCCAUGCUCCAGAUCUCCGGAUGGCCGCUCUUGCUCCCGCCGCUCUGCGUGUCGCUCUACCGCAGCCGCAGGCAUGGGAUCCUCAACCUCCUCCUCCCGCGGCGGCUCGUCGCCGCUGCCGCCGUGCUUGGUGGGUUCUACGCCGUGUCGUGCUUCGUGUACGGGCUGGGUUCGCAGGCGCUGCCGCUGUCCACGUCGUCCCUGCUGCUGGCGACGCAGCUCGCCUUCACCGCCGUGUUCGCGUUCCUGUUCGUGGGGCUCCGCUUCACCCCAUUCUCGGCCAACGCCGUCGUGCUGCUCACCAUCGGCCCGGCGGUGCUUGGAGUCGGGCCGUCGUCCGGGAAGCCGGCGGGCCAGUCCUCCAAGGCGUACUGGACGGGGUUCUGCGAGGCCAUCGCCGCGGCGGCGCUCGCCGGGCUGGUGCUUCCCCUCGUCGAGGUCGCCAUGGCUAAAUACGGCCGUCGCACGGGCCCCGCCGCGAGGGUGCCCCCGCCCUACGCCACCGUGAUGCAGAUGCAGGCGGUGAUGGGCGCCGCCGGCACGGUGGUGUGCCUGCUCGGCAUGGCCAUCAAGGGCGACUUCCAGGCGGUGCCGCAGGAGGCGGCGGCGUUCGGGCUCGGCACGACCAAGUACUACCUCGUCCUCGUGUGGGACGCCGUGUCGUGGCAGCUGCUCAACCUGGGGAUCAUGGGGCUCAUCACUUGCGCGUCGUCGCUCCUCGCCGGCAUCAUGAUCGCCGUGCUCCUGCCCCUCUCGCAGGUCCUCGCCGUCAUCUUCCUCCACGAGAAGUUCGACGGCACCAAGGGCAUCGCGCUCGUGCUCUCCCUCUGGGGAUUCGCCUCCUACCUCUACGGCGAGAAGGCGCAGAAGAAGCUGGAGGCUCAGAGGAUGAUGGCUGAGCAGGAGGUGGCGCUGGCACAGAAGACUGCUGACGUGGAGUCGCCGGCUCAUUGAUUUACAGUGAUGGAUUACACGUGUCCGCUUGGGUGGAUAUAGUACAUAUUUACAGGUGCAGUAAGCAUGUUUCUCUCCUUUUCUUUUACCCUUUUUUAAGAAAGAGUGUAGUGUUACAGUGACAUGCAUAAAUUUUGUACGAGAUUGUUUUAAACUCUGUAUGACAUUGCUUCAUUAUAUGGUAGCACAGAAAAAACAAGCAAGUGCUGCAAUUGUAUGAUUGUAUCAACAAAGAGGCUA